CAAGAUGGCGGCCCCCAGAUAGGUGUGUUACGGUUGAGGUGCGCUCCUGCCUACUUAAAUCUCCACGCUAUGUCUAAAUAGAACUCAAACCGCAUCAAUUUCUGGGAGUCUAGGACGUUUAUAUUUGAACUGUUGAAUGGGAAAGAGAACUAGGCGCUCCAGGGGCUCUAGCAGCACGGAAGAAGGUAGUCCGAAUCUGAAACGCUGCCCCCCACCCAAGACACCGAAGAUGGCGGCUUGUACGGGGAGCGACGAGUUGCAGUCUCUUUCACCAGAGCUUCAGACGCUCGCGCAUCUGAUCCUCAAACAGACUCAAAAACAACAGGAGACUCUACUAAGUCAGUUUCAGGAUGUUGGGGAAAAACUGUCUGGCCAAAUUCGCGCUUUAGACAACAAGGUCCAGGGUUUGUCAGCCGACUUAACCAGUUUACGCGAGCGGGUGGGAGCCAACGAACACGCUGCGGAAUUCCAGUCGGAGGAAAUUCAAGACUUACGCCGAGCGCUGGACGAGGAACGACGUGCGAGACUGAAGGCUGACCUGCUGGCAGAGCGUUAUUCGAGGAAAGCCGACAUAAUCAUUAGAGGCCUGCCAUGCAACAAGGAGGAAGAUUCACAACAGGUAUUUGCUGUCUUUUUGUCGGAGAAACUUCAUCUUGCGCCCGUGCCUUUCGCCGCGGUCCAUCGCCUCUCCAGACCUACAAAAACACGCCCGAACCCACCCCUGUUGGUCAGAUUGUUGAACUUUCACGAUCGAGAUCAGAUUCUACGGGAGGGAAGGAAGUUACGCGGGAACAAGGAGGGACUGGCUGUUUACGAGCAUCUCCCCCCUCCCCUUCAAGCAGCGAGGGCCAGCCUUGUCCCCGAUCGAGACGCUGAAGCAGCAAAAGCCAAAGGUACUGAUACUAGGGUUUCGAUUUGGGUGCCUCCUAAGGCAACGUACGCAGUGUUACUUGUGAACGGUCAAGAGAAGAAACGCGCCGAUGCGAUUGACCUUAUGCUAUCUACAAAGAACACAUGAUGGUGAACAUGUUGUUUAAAAUGUGACUGCAAUUAUUAAACGAACAUCUCAUCCCUUUGAGGCACUGGUGUGUUUUUUAUGAAUGUGAAGACAGUAUUAGUAUAUAGGAAUCAGAAUACCUUCCUGUCUUGUUUGUAAGUCACAGGAAGUAAGAAAUAUGCGGCGGCAUUAAAUUUUGGAAUUGGCUUGCAGGCUUGACAGGUGCAAGCAUUCGUUGGAACACGUGCUGAUCAGCGUGCACCUAAUCGACUUGAAAUGUCAACAUACCUUGCGUAACCCACAGCCGAGCCGGUGUAUUCCGUUGCUGCCUGUUCUUUUCUUUUGUUACAAUAUUGUUUGAGUUCUGAAUCGGCCCGAUUCUCCUACUUGUGUUCAUUCAUAUCCAGAUGUUAUAUUCUGUUAUUUUGAUUUCUGACUUAGUUGGAUUAUAGAAAACUUAUGAUCAUGUUAUUUUUGUUUCCACUUACUUACUUCAUACCAAAAUGUUGAUUAUGUUAUGUGGUUUUGAGUUUUGAAUCAGACUGAUUCCCAUAUUUAUGUUGUUUGUUUUGAGCUCUGACUUUGUUUGUUCUACUCCAAGGCAGAGAUCAUGGGAUUUUGUUUAUAAUUUCCUAUUCUGCUUGAGUUAUGCCAAAGUGGUGAUCAUGUUAUGCUAUUCUUAGUUUUUGAAUCGGACCGAUUCCCAUAAUUACUUUUCUUUAUUAUAUUAAGACGAUGAUCACGUUACGUUGAUAUGAGUUCGGUUUGAUUUACACUAAAGUGGUGAUUUCGUUAUGUACAUUUGAGUUAAGAAGUGGACCAAUUUUCUUACUAAUGACUGAUAGUUGUGAGUUCAAAAUGAAGUUUCAGAAGAAAGGUGAUUUAGCUUACAAAACGUCACUUUCAGAAACAGAGCUACUA